AUGGGCCAAACCUUUCGAGACCUCGAGGAUCUCGGCCCGACCCCCGCAUUCUCUCGACAGCCGGCUGUCUCUCCAUCUUGUUUUUGCAAUCUUAAAUCGACCAGCGAAAUGCCCGAAACGGUGAGUUCCAUAUGUUAUCAAUCACAAAUCGCUUUCUACUAGGUCAUCUUGUCAAACAUACGAUGUGUUAGGGUUACAUUGGAUAAGAUAUGUGGUGUUAGGAUUAUUUUGAGUAACAUAUGUUGUGUUAGGGUCUUAUUUUAUGUAGUGUUAGCUUGAUUUAGCUUGGAGGGUUCUUUGAUUGUUCCGAAAGCUCGAAUUUCAAAAAGUUGAGAGUCUGCGGUUAUUGGGUUUCGUUUCAGUAUAGGUGUACUGCCAUUACUAAUACUGCAAAAUUUUGAAGUUUUUUGUUUAAAAACGUCAUUCUUUGCUCUUUUUUAGAUUUAUAUUUUGUUUUUAAAGGUUAAUUUGAUUUUUGAAUAAUUUUGUCAAGUAUUCAAUGUAACAAGUUUCCACAAAGUAAUUCUUGCUCUCGAGAACGUUUGGAACUGUGGCUAAAUUUACAAAACGAUUGGCUUCUAUUUGCUUAGGGAAGUGACGUUCUCUUAGACUGCGUCAUAAUGCCUUGAAACAAAAAAACUAAUUUUAAACAUAACACUAUUACUAUUUUAACAUAUUGAGUACUACUUUCAGUUUAUAUUUUAUCUCAUGUUAAAAGUUUCAUAAAAGUGUAAUUGCUAUAAUUAAAAGUCAUAUUUUAGGAUCCAAACCAGCCUCAGCCUCCAUAUGAUACCAAGAAUUUGGUAUGUGAUAUUGAAACUAUAAUACCUGCAGUAACUUUUUUAGAUACAAAGUUGCAUAGACUAAACUUAAUGUUGAACAUUACAAAAAGACUAUUUAAUCUAGUAUUUAAAUUUAAAAUUCAUACUAUUUUAUAAUUUACAAGAUCUUUACUUGCAGCCGGUAGCCGAAGUGUCGCUCAAAGUCGAGAUCCAGAAGCCAGAAGAGAAGAAAGGAAACUAA